AUGGAUACUCCAAGUACCCCCCAAUCACACGCUGCCGCAUCCGCAGCCUCAGCCUCCAAAACCAUCACACCAUCACAAAUCCCCCUCCCCUCUACCCCAACCCCCACCGCAAUCUCAACCCCCAACCCAGCCGCCAAGGUUCCUCUCCCAGAAACGCCCAUCCCAAACACACCAUCCUCUCUCGAAAAACUUAAACUCGCAGCGGAUAUUCCUCUCCCGGAGACGCCGACGCCUGCUGCUGCAAUUUCUGAGAGUAAGGUGAAUGAUGGAUGUUCUGUUACCUCUGAGACUAUCGAGGUUCUCGAGGUUUCUUCUGCAGUUCCCAGCGAUCCCACCUCUCACCUUCUAAGCGAACCUCUCAGUAAAAUUCCCAGCAAACUCACCUCCUCCUUCCUCGAUCACCCCAUCCCAACCCCCGAAAUCUCGCCUCUAAAACUCGCUCCGAAUUCUCAAUCUCCAUCUCGUCUCGCAGAUUUCACAACUUCUUCGAUUCCCCAAGCUGGAUCUAUGGUUUUAGAAGAAAUACCUUCACUAGCGAAGAAUGAGAAAAAGGAGAAGUAG